AUGGCCGGUGGCCUGGCCUUGGAUGCAGAAGAUGGGGUGGCGGUCUUGCGCGGGGAGGUCCGCCGCAUUCUGGGGCUGCAGACGCCGGAAGAGCUCUUGCGGGGCCUUACGGGGAAGGAGCUGCAAGAGAUGCUCUCCGAAGCUCAUGUGACGGCGAAAGCGGCGCAAGCAAAUGUUGUGUUAGCCCCUUUCCAACCGCCUCCUCGACCUCUUGGCGAGAUUGAGGCCGCACCGAAAGGACUGGCCAAUUUGGGCAACACCUGCUAUCUUGGCUCAAUUCUUCAAUGCCUAGCGCAGACUCAAACUUUCACGGCAGAACUGGCCGACCACGAAGGGCGACUGGGCAGAAUAGGACACGAGCUGAACAGUGUUCUGGCCCAGUUGCGCGACAUGGGACACGACCAGCCUUCCGUGGCGGCCAUUCUGGGAGAGCUCGCCGGCAGGUACAGCUGGUACCAGGGCAAGUCACAGCAGGAUGCCCACGAGCUCCUCCGCACACUCCUGGGUGCCCUUGCAGAUGAGCUCGAAGCACCCGAAGAUCAGCAGAGCUUGCAGCAAGUGGUGCAGAGGAGCUUCAGAGGUCAGAUAUGCGAAGCCAUCCUCUGCUGGUCUUGCAGGCGGAUCUCCCUGCGAUGCGAAGAGUUUCUGGACUUGUCCUUGGACAUUUCUGCCGGCGAUGACGAUCCUGGUCCCCUGGGUCUUCACGGCUGGAUAAUGAAGCCACUGCCACAGGAAGAACAUGGUGACGAAGAGGAUCUCCAGGCAGCUGGCGAGAAGGAAGCUGCAGAGCCAGAGUCCAUUGCAGAUGAGUUCGACCAGUCCGUUCUUGAAGUUCAGUUGGAGCGCGUACCUGGACGACGGAUUGCGUUGGGUCUGGACUGGGCCGAGACCCAACAGCAUGGUUGCAAGGUCUUGCGUCGAGUCUUGCAUGGAUCCAUGGUGGACACCUGGAACAAACGGCAAAGCGAAGAGCGCCGCUUGAGUCCUGGGCUCCUCCUCCUCUCAGUGAACGGCAAGGAAGACCAGGAUGACAUGAUGCAGGCGUUGAAAGACGACCAGCGGCUGUUGCUUCGAUUUGCAUCGGCAGAAGCCGUGGCAGCUCGAAAGUCUGCGGCUGAUGCGCAGGGCUUCCGCGUGGAGCUUGCCAGGGAUUCCAAAGCUUCCUGGGGACUGCAGCUGGAACGCAGCCGGCUGGAAGACGGCUUGAUCAUCGUAGCACAAGUGAUUCCAGACUCGAUACUCGAUGCUUGGAACCUGCGGUGCCAGUCAACUGGCCGUCAUAAAGCUGUGGUGCACGCUGGCGAUCGGGUCCUGAAGGUGAAUGAUAGCGACAAUGCGGACGAGAUGUCGAAAAGCCUGACGGAUCUCUCGAAGCGCAAGAUUGUCCUGCAUCUAGAGCGCGGUGAGGCAAAGAAGGCUGGUGUGCCGCAAGCGGACAUCCCACCCGAUCAAGCCGAAGAUCCCGAUGCGAUCUUCCUGAUUGAGCUGCAACCCACCAUUCGGGGCGCAGGUGGCGGCUGGGGUUUUCAACUGGAGACUGGGGCAGGAGCUGCAGAAGUCAGAAAUGUACUGGAUGGCUCACCCGUGGCGAUGUGGAACAUCGCUUGUCGAUCGCGAGGUGAAGAACAUUUGUGUGUGGAAGCGGGGGAUGUGCUGCUUGAUGUCGCUGCCAUAGACGCACCACCUGCGAUGGCAAGUCAGACGUUCAAGCUUCGGCGAUCCCGGGAAAGACAGGCUUCGAUCCGGGCAAUGCAGACCACCAUGGUAGCUGCCGCAAAGCCGAAGCCAACGCCAGAGCUGGAGGAAAAGAGACAAAGCAUGUUGGAGGCUGCCGGCCAAUGCGAGGCUGCGCUGCCUGCAGCCCUGGCCAAGGUUUUUGCCGCUGCCCCGCAGCCGGCAGCUACCAGCCUGGCGGACUGCCUCAGGAGUUUGGGCUCCAUCGAAGCUUUAGAGGAGGACUUCUCGCCGAUCUACAACUGUGUUCACUGCAGCACGGAGAAAGCAUGCAGGCGCUUCGCUUCAAAGCGAGCUUGGCUGAAGCCGCCUUUGCCUCCGGUCGUGCCAGUCCAGCUGAAGAGAUUCCACGGCCAGCAAGGCUCGUAUUACAAGUCAAAGACGAAGAUCAAGACAAGCAGCGUUUUGGACUUGAGCAGUGUCAUGCUCACAGAGCCCGAACAGCAACAGCUCCAGCCUUUCAUGACGCCGGAUUCGAAGCUUCCAGCCUCUGCCGGCAUAACACAUGAAUCGGCAAAGUACGAGCUGUAUGCUGUUUGCGCUCAUUUGGGCGGCAGCAUGGAGCGCGGACAUUACGUAGCCUUUGUCAACACAGGGCCUAGCUUGGAGGGGGAGGCCUGGUUUUUGCUGGACGACGCUCGCGCAACAGCUUGCCAGCGACAAGACGCACUUCUCGUGGAAGCGUACAUUGCAUUCUAUCGAAGACCGGGUCCCGCCAGAAGCGCCGGCUGA